AUGUAUGAAGAGGCUCGUGCGCCGCCAUCACGAAGCGCCGCCCCCGAGGGCUUCGCUCCUGGGGACUACGAGGUGCGCCAUCAUGGCAUGUCCCGCGAGGAGUACCUUCUGUACCCGUUGGCAGUGUUCCUCUUCGUUGGCUUUGUGCUGGUGGUCACCUUUAUUGUCAUUCCACGGCACCGCUUUUCGAAGCACGAGAACCCCUAUAAAGAGCAGCUCAAUGGCAUAUGUCAGUCACCGAGCUGCUCCAGGGAUGCUGUCUACCUUAACAGUCUUCUGUCGUGGGACCAAGUGAACCCGUGUCACGAUUUCUACGCUUUCGUCUGUCGCCAGUGGACCGGUAGGUACGCCACGCCGUCUCCAGGGUCUUCUGUUUCUGCCGACGACGAUUUCGCUUCGUUUCUUGAAAAUAAAUUGUACGUCCGCCUACAGGAUGAUUCCUCGGAAACUAGCAGCAACCUGAGACCAAUCAUCGACCUCCACCAGAAGUGCAUGGACACGAGGCGCAUUGAGGAUGACGAGUGGAACCCUUUGCUCGAACUCAUGUCUCUCGUUUUCCUCGAGGGAUUCCCGCUGACGCCACCGGUAAGGAAGAGCCUCUCAGUGUGGCGAACAGCAGCGAAGUUACUUCGAAAGACGGGCACUGCGGCACUACUUGGCAUCGGUGUCUACUCCAAUCCGUCGACGGUACACACAGACCUUGUUUCGAUAGGCCUCCCUGAUACGCUGAUCCACAACGACUACAUUGACAUAAGUGAAGCCAUUCGUCUUUACACCAGCGCUGCUUUCGCGGCAAUGAAUGCGUUGAAGAAGCAGUACAUCCCACCAUCAUUCACUCUAAGCAUAAUCAAAUUCGCGAGCGACCUGGAGAAGCUCGCCGAUAUAGCGCCGACAGAAAAUGCAUCCAGGGUGAAUUCCUUGCAGUCGUUUCCUCAGCUUAUCAUCUUUCUUGAAGAAAUCUUCGAUGACGUCCGUUCAACGCUUUACUUUGGCGAAAGCACGGAAGUCAUGAUUCAGCCUGCCGUCGCUGUAAACCGAAUAUUGCAACUCGCCGAUAACACCGAUCUCGCCACCGUAAUGAACUACCUUGGAGUUAGACUUAUGAUCCAGGUCUCGCCGUUCAUCCCGCACUCUGGACUCACCGAAUUCUACAGCGUGCUUCUCUAUGGAAAGCGUAGGGGCAACUUGCCCCGCUGGCAACUGUGCCUGCGAGCCACGGAAAAGGCUCUCUUCCCUCUGACGAACCUCGCCAUUGUCACCGAUCUCAGUGCGCACGUGUCUGCCUCCGGACUUUACGAUCUCACGAGCGAUAUUGUUGCAGAAUUCCAGAACGACAUCGACACUUCUCCGUAUUUCACAGAAGAGUCUAGGACUAUCAUUCGAAGCAUACUAAACACGACGCGCCUACUCGUCGCCCGACCGGGCUGGCUAAACGACAGCGUUGCAAUCGACGCCUACGUUCAAACGCUCCCGGUGAAACUAGCGAGCGCGAGAAAUAGCCUUGACGCCUACGUGAUUUACCACGAGCGCACGUUCCUGGCAUCGCUUGCUCGCGGCUCGACGCAGCGUUGGAGCCGCUCCGCUUUCAGCACGGACUGUUGGUACGAACCUAACCUGGACACCAUCUACGUUCCCCUGCUGGUCUUCAACAUAUCGAGAGCCUUGGACGAGGGCACCGACGCCAUACAACUAUCCCGUGCGGGGCCUCGUCUGAUGCGCUGCGCCUUCGACGCGCUUUUGUUCAAGACACGCGCGUCAACAGGAGUACAUCAGCGGUGGCUUAAGGGAGAAACAGAGACCAAACUGCGAGAGGUUGAGGCGUGCCUCGACUCACGUGAAGCGUCGCAAACAACGCGCUUCCAGAGAACCCGCGACGUGCUUGCGGCUCAUUUCUCCUUGGGGCUUUUCCUUAAAGCCGUGAGGAGGUCUCGGCACCCAAUUGCCCUAACGUUGCCGCAGAACCGUUCUGUGACUCAGGAACAGCUCUUCUUCAUCUACCUGAUGCUUCAGAGCUGCGAGCAGAGCGGAGGUGUGGAGAACCGCGCUCCCAGCGCUGGUUACGAUUGGAAUAUCGCACUUCGGAACACCAAGGACUUUCCGGCCAUGUUUCUUUGCAACGCCGAGAGUCCCAUGAACGUGCAAAAGAAGUGCCUCGACGUAUGA